UUAACCAACCAACAGAUUUUCAGUGCGUGAAGUGUGUCUAUUUCUUCUCUCUCUCUCCCUCAUACUUGGAUUUUUUUCGGUGUUUUAAAAAAUAAUUGUUGUAAUUUAUAAUUACUUAUGGCUUCUCAAGGAAAAAGUAAACGAAAAACUAAAGGAGUUAAAGUAAAUCUUCAAACGUUCCUCAGCGAUGAAACGAAAGCACCUCAAGGAUUUGCAGUUGUCCAACCUAUAAAUUGGGCUGACUAUCAAGAUGACGAAGAGGAAGAUAAAUACUUUGAAUCUAAGCAAGCAUCUAGUAAAGUUAUUUUGCCAACCGUUCCUAAAUCUAUCCGUACACCAGAUUUUGAUGUAUCCAAAAUUCCAGAUAGACCACCAUAUAAAGCUUAUCUCGGUAAUCUUCCAUAUGAAGCUACCGAAGAUGAAAUUAUUAGGUUCUUCAAAAAACUCAAGAUUAAUAGUGUAACUUUGAUCAGAGAUGGUGAACGAGGUAGAAUUAAAGGCAUGGGUUUUGCCGAAUUUGAAGACAGAGAGAGUCUUAUUGAAGCUCUACAACAGAAUGGAGAAACUCUAAAAAGUCGUACCAUUCGAAUCUCUUUAUCUGAAGGAACGGAUUAUGAUAGAUCAUCCAGGGGUGGAUAUAGUAGUAAUCGUGAUGAUCGAGAGGAUAGAACGGCCGGUGAUUGGAGGUCUGGAACUCGAGAACGAGAUCCACCUCGUAAUGGUAGCGAUUACCAAACGCCUUUUGAAUCACAACCUUACAAAGGUCGAUUCAGUUAUGAUAAGUCAGAUAGACGAGAAGGUGGAUUUGAGCGUGGUUCAUACCAGAAAAGUGACCGGGACACGAGAGAUAGAGACUUUGGAAGCAAUCGAGGAGGCGGCUUCCGUGACAAAGAUUAUGGUUUUCGGGAUGAUAGAAGCAGUAGCGGUGGUUAUGGUUAUAACCGUAACCGAGAUGGUUACCGAGACAAUAGGUACCCUGAAAGGAGCGAUUAUCGCGAUCGUGGUGAAAGAAGCGAUAGAGGAGGUGACAGGGUUGACAGAGGGGAUCGAGAUGGUGAUCGACCGUCCAGUCGUAGAUAUGAUUCAGCUUUUGAACCAAGAAGUUCUCAACGUUACUCACCAUCAUCUCUUUCCACGGACUCUAAAAGUGUCGAUGGUGAUGCCAAGGAAAGGCCUAAGUUAAAGCUACAGCCUCGUACAAAACCCAUUGAGAAUGCUACUCAAGAAGUUUCAAAUUCUGCAAUAUUUGGCGGUGCUAAGCCAGUUGAUACUGCUUCCCGUGAACGAGAAAUCGAAGAAAAAUUAAAAAAGGAGAAAGAAGCUCUUAUGAGUGACACUGCAUCGAGUAAAGGAUCAACAUCUGGAAGGCGACCACUUCGAUUAAGUACUGAUUCAAGAGAUGACAGCUCACGUCAAAGUUUAGAUAGAGGCUCAGAUACUCCUAGAUCGGGUGGGCAAAGUCAAGGUGAAGGCUCUAUAGAUGGCGACUCAAGGAGUGAAGAUAGAAGCGAUGCAUCGCCAAAGGAAAGUGAUUCAAAAAAGUCUGAAUGAGCAGCAAAUAGAUGGCUUUUUCUUUAUACCUUCCCCUCCCUUUGAUGAUGUUAAUAUCAUAUUAAAAUGCCAUACUGCUUGAAAAGGCUGCGAGCUUAAACUCAUUCCCUUUUCAUUGGCAUUCUUUGAUAAUCUUUUUUGAGUACUCUAUAGAACCACUGUGUUUGCGAAAAUGCUGGUGUUUCUAUCCACUUUCUCUCUCCUCAAACCAACUCCAAUUUCAUCUCACUUUCUUAUUCUUAAUAAUUUAAAAAUUGAGCUAUUUCAUCUUCCCAAUGGGCUCUCUCUCUCCCUCUUUCUCUAUCUUCUCUUUUUCUCUACUUUCUUUCACUCUGUCAAAAAAACAAAAAAUAAAGAUUUUGCUUUCUCAGUCACAUUUAUGAACUGUCAAAGCAAAAGUAAACCCUAAUCUAUUCAAUAUCUGAGAUGAUUACAUUUAUUUAAUUGAACCUAAUAAUUUAAACACAAAUUUGUUCUCCCCUUUCAACUCAAUGUAUAUUAUUAAUAAUUGAAAUCGACCGAAAUCUCUAACCUCAUCCGCAUGACCUAAACUUUACCUUUUCUUUUCCACCUUGCAAUUGCUCACCUUUUAUGUCUUUAAUCUAUGUUAUUAUUUAGAUUGUUAAAUAGGUCUACUAUUCAUUUUAACACGAUCAAGUUGAAUACAACACCCAAACACACAUCCACAAAAAUUAUGGAAAAAGAUUAAAUAAAUAAGAAUAAGUAUCGA